AUGGUUACUUACAUGAAGGAGGUCGCUAAGCUUGGCGGAGAGCUCUCUGUUGACGAGCGCAACCUCCUCUCUGUUGCCUACAAGAACGUCGUCGGAACCCGACGUGCCUCGUGGCGAAUCAUCUCUUCGAUCGAGCAGAAGGAGGAGUCCAAGGGCUCUGAUAAGCACGUCUCCACCAUCCGUGAGUACCGAAACAAGAUCGAGACCGAACUUGAGAAGGUCUGCCAAGAUGUUCUGGAUGUCCUGGAUGAGAGCUUGAUCCCCAACGCCGCCACGGGCGAGUCUAAGGUCUUUUACCACAAGAUGAAGGGCGACUACCACCGUUACCUGGCUGAGUUCGCGUCUGGUGAGAAGCGCAAGGUCGCUGCUACCGCCGCCCACGAGGCUUACAAGAGCGCUACCGACGUGGCCCAGACUGAGCUCACCCCCACGCAUCCCAUCCGCCUAGGACUUGCGCUCAACUUCUCGGUCUUCUACUACGAGAUUCUCAACUCACCCGACCGCGCUUGCCACCUGGCCAAGCAGGCCUUCGAUGACGCCAUUGCAGAGCUCGACUCAUUGUCUGAGGAGUCCUACCGUGACAGCACACUCAUCAUGCAGCUGCUCCGUGACAACCUGACUCUGUGGACUUCUAGUGAGAGCGCCGAGGGCGAGGGUGCUGCCGCUCAGGAGGGCGCUAAGGAGGACAAGCCAGCCGAGGAAGCCGAGAAGCCUAAAGAGGAGGCUCCCGCCCCCACCGAGUCUUAA